CAUGUUACGAUACUGUUCAUGGGUGACAUGCCACCUGAUCUCUGUCCGCGAACGACGGGCCAUCUCACUGUUCAGCAGGCCCGUCCUUUUUUCAGAUCCUAACGCCGCCGUCCACGGCCCCUCCGGCUCCGGCGUCGCCGCAUCUCCCCCCUGCCCCCGAACUCCUCCCCUCCCUCUGAUCCAGUUCAGGCCGCUCCCGAGCCCCCCGCACCAUUAUCGACCCGCGCCGCCCAAGACUUGCCGGCGGGAAAGAACGGCGCCGCACAGACCAAGGCAUCCAUGCGCGCGGCUCCGUCGAGCUGGCCGGACCGGGUCUGCAGCUUGGUCGAGGGCGUUUGGAGGUGCUCCACGCCGGCGAGGUGCCUCCGGCCACCAGGACGCGCACGGAGCGCCCUCUUCCUCGACGUGCUGUGACGAGACGGUGGAGGCGGUUGUUCGGUGGUCUCCGCCUGGCCGCCAAUUCCGUCGCCGCUCCUCGCCUGAAUGCUCCGCCGCUCAAGUGCCUCGGCGUCUUUGCGGGAGGCCGUGGACGCGCAGGAUCUGCAGCUAGCGCCGCGUGCAGGAGGCGUCCACGUCGUCCAGGAUGUCGCCCCCAGGCACACCACCGUUGCUACCUCGAUGCCACCGCAUCCAAAGAUCACUGAACUCGGAUUUCAUGAUGUUGGAGCUACACGGCCGCCCGUGCAUCUACAAGCAGAACGGCCAGGGCGCCGUGAUCUGGUUACUCACUACGGAUCACCGGUGGGAGCAGCUAUACAUUCUGGCCAAUGAAAGCUCUCAGCGGGGCGAUUAUUUCGCGGGCGCCUGGGACUGCGGAUGUGGACUUGUGCUCGCCGUCUUCAGAAUGAGCGGCGCCUAUUUGUACAACCUCCACGACGAGGCUGCAGCGGAAGGCGGCGACGAAGGCGGCAAAAGGCUGGCGGCUGUACGCUCACUGCCGAUCGAAUACAAAUGGCCGGAGCAAUUCAAGGGUAUCUGGUUUGCUGAACCACCGAGUCUGUUCGAUUACCGCCCGACACUCAUAUCACCCGCGAGUAUCAUAAGCGAUGUUGCUAAUUUGUCUGGCCGUCCUCGUGAGUGUGUUGUACGGGAGCAGGAAUUGGGUGACAUGUUCUUGGAGAUGACACAUAAAUGGGUCCUAGGUCCAGCAAUGCAGAUGCUCGCUAAUCUGCAGGAAGCUUGACUUCUGAAUUCCUCUCAAAGUGGAGAGGAAUUGCCUGAUUGGUCGUCUCAUAACGAUGACAUAAACAGCAGUUUAAGCUUCCUUGCCAGGUGCAGUUGCGCUAUGCUUUUUUUUUUAACAAGCAGUUGCCUUUAAGGAGGACAUCCUUAUCGAAUGUACCAUGUAUUUUAAAAAUAAUAUGGAGAAAAUUUCAUUUUCC